AUGGAUAUGGAUCCAGGUGAAGGUGCUUCGGAUGGUCGUGUAAAACGUGAACCAAACAACAUCGAUGUGGAAAUCAAACAAGAGCCAAACAUCAAGGAAGAACCGGCGGAUGGCAGUGAAUUCGGCUGGGUAACACGUUUGAGUGAAGGAUUUGGAACAGAUGCAACGACUGGGACAUUGAACAUUGGAUUGGUGGACAAGUUCGAAUCGGAUAUCGAUCUUGAAUUUGAUUUGAAUGGUGUAAAAGAGGAAGUGAAGUGUGAAGGAAAGAAGCCAGAUAAAGGAAAAGAUUCUUCAUUUGAUUCAGACUCGAAGGGAAAUGAAGCGAAUGCCCAAGGCGAUCAAAAUGAUGAGCCAGUGAUCGAGCCAAAAGUCAGUCGAAAAGGACUCAAUUCAAACGCCGGAAAAAGGCGUGAUGGAUCAAGAAAACAGGAUAGACGUAAGAUUCCAAGGAAUAAGGCGGCAAAGAAACGAACGGUGCACAAGUGUCAUGUGUGUGGUUAUGUUACAUCGCAUAAAAGUCAUCUCAAUGCACACAUUCGUAGUCACACAGGCGACAGGCCAUACAAAUGCGAUCAAUGUUCAAAAAGCUUCACAUUCAAAUGUAAUUUGAAUCAGCACAAGAAAGUCCAUAGCGGAGAAAAGCGAUUCGAAUGCUCUGUUUGUUUCAAAUCAUUUGCACAAAAAAACAAUUUAAAUGGUCACUUUCGAACUCACGCUGAUGAGCUUCCUCAUUCUUGUCUGAAAUGUGGUCAGCGAUUUCCACAAAAACAAUCUGAAACGGCACAUACAAGCAAAACAACCGGCGAACAUCGAUUCCAAUGUAAAAUAUGUGGAAAGAAAUUCAUCCGUAAAGAUCGCUUCAAUCAACAUUUGGCUUCCCAUCGCGAUCGAUUCCCAUUCGGAUGUAUCAAGUGUCGCCUGGCAUUCGCAAUGGAAGAGGAUAAAGUAGCACAUGAAAAUGUCAGCGGCCGUCGUCAGUAUCAAUGUUGCAUUUGCAAAGUUUUCAAGCUACAAACAGCCAAUCUACGAAGACACAUGCUAGCGCAUCACACGGGAGAGAAGCCGUUCCAGUUACUUGACCUCGAUGAAAUUCAAAAGCGAUCGCAUCGCUAUUCUGAAGGAAUCUUCUAUAUUUUGAUGUUUGCAAAUUGA